UAUAAGAAAAGAAAAAAUAAAAAACUUUUUAUAUAUAUAAAAAAGUUCCCUUUUAAGCGCGUAGUCAGGAAGCUUCCUUUCGUUCCUCGCUUGGUCCGAGAGAUGCAGCUGGGAGCCCGGCCUGUUUACCCGAGAGGAGGUCGGCAAUCUACGCCUUCCUGUUUGCAAUUCCCUCCUUGGAUCCAUCCUGCGCGUUUGCCAUCGCGUUAAAUCUCACCGCGCCCCAAAUCAAUUGGCAAAUAACUAAGCGUAGCCUCGCGGCGCGGCGCUCGGAGGGGAAGGGAGACUGGGCCGUCGAUCCUUUUCUCCCUGGGUUGCUUUCGGAGCGGACCGCGGGCGCUGAAGGCGCCACACACCUUGGGGGCACCCUGAAGACUAAUCCGGCGCGCGUGGCAGCGGAGUGGGACGCUCUUCCGCCCUCCCCACGAGGCACGCGCACUGGCGCUUUCGCUUUGAAGUCGGCUCCCGGAGUGCGCUCUGUCUCUUUAAGGCGCGCUCCCGGCGUUCGGCGCGCGCCCCCGCCUGUAUAACUGGAGUCCAUGGAGUUGUAUUGAGUUCAGAGGGAGGAAGAGCUGGGAGCCAAGCGCAGGCUUCGAAGGGGGAAAAGGUCGGGGGGUUGGAAAAGGAGGAGCUGCUGCCCGUCCAGAGCUCGGUUGGCUACGCGCUGGAAGAGCCCUCGAUGGACGCGCCGCCGCUCGCCGCUCGCUUUUAACGGAUACUUUUCCUGGGGGUGGAACGGGGCGCAGAUUCUGGUAGCCGUCGGGGUUGCUAGCCUCGUUUCCUCUCGCCCCCCGUUUGGAGGCAUUUCCCCUAAACGAUCUGGGGGUUUGGCUACCGCGCAGAUGUUGGUGCACACGUAUUCCACAAUGGACCGCUCGGAUGGGCUGAACGGGACCUCCGCCGGCGGCCGCCUCCCUCAGCUCUCGUCCCUCAACCAGGCGGCGGCGUACUCCUCGGCUCCCCCUCUGUGCCACACGCCGGCCUCGGACUUCCAACCGCCCUAUUUCCCGCCGCCUUAUCCGCAGCCGCCGCUGCCCUACGCGCAGAGCCAGGAGAGCGCCUACUCGCACCUGGGGGACCCCUAUGGCGGCCUCAACCCCAUCCACCAGCACCAGCAGAGCGGCUGGCCCUCGCAACGGGCGCGCCAGGAAGAAGCGGCGGCCGCGGCAGCCGCGGCGGGCCUUCUCUCGCAGACGCACCGAGCUCUCGGCCUGGAUCCGCGCAGAGACUACCCGGGCAUGCCUCGCUUGCUCCACGGCUUGGCCGACGGAGCGCACGCCUUGGCCGACGGGCCGCUGGGACUCCAUGCUCUGGCUCAUCCCAGCCUCGAGGACAUCCAGGCGGUGGAUGAGGCCAGUAUGAACCUUUUGGACCAGUCGGUGAUCAAGAAAGUGCCCAUCCCUUCGAAGGCCAAUGGGACCACCAUCUCUUCCCUGACCAUGAACAAGGACACCUUGAUAGGAGGGGUGACCAAUCCAAACGAAGUCUUCUGCUCUGUUCCUGGACGAUUGUCCCUCCUCAGCUCCACCUCCAAGUACAAAGUGACAGUCGGUGAAGUUCAGAGGAGGCUCUCGCCCCCAGAAUGCCUCAACGCUUCACUCCUUGGUGGUGUCCUUCGGCGGGCAAAAUCUAAAAAUGGUGGAAGAUGUUUAAGAGAAAGGUUGGAGAAGAUAGGGUUAAAUCUACCCGCUGGAAGGCGCAAAGCAGCAAACGUCACCUUGUUAACGUCCCUGGUGGAAGGGGAGGCUGUUCAUCUCGCUCGAGACUUUGGUUAUGUGUGCGAAACAGAGUUCCCUGCCAAGGCAGCAGCGGAAUAUCUCUGCCGCCAGCACUCGGAUCCCAGCGAGCUCCACGCCCGGAAAAACAUGCUUUUAGCAACCAAGCAAAUCUGCAAAGAGUUUGCUGAUAUGAUGGCUCAAGAUCGCUCCCCUCUGGGAAACAGCCGCCCGACACUCAUCUUGGAACCUGGCGUUCAAAGCUGCUUGACGCACUUCAGUUUAAUCACCCAUGGUUUUGGAGGGCCGGCGAUCUGCGCGGCGCUCACCGCAUUCCAGAACUACUUGGUGGAGUCCCUCAAAGGGCUUGACAAAAUGUUCAUGAACAGCACGGGCAACGGUCACUCGGUUGGCGACUCCAAAACCGCAGAAAAGGAUGUUAAGCAUCGGAAAUGACCCUUUCUGCAGGUUGUGACCUGCCACAUCUCCCCAUCAGAGAGUUCCUUCCCAUUUCCAGGACGUGAGAGAGAGGAAGGUCCUUCAACGUUCUUGGAAGUGUCGCGGGGGCAGGAGGAGGGAGAUGAUCAACCCUCCUCUCUCCUGCCAGGUUUUCCAAACUGUGACAGAUGCAUUUUUGAAACCAAGUCAAUGAAAAAGAGAAGACCGAAGAAGAAGGGGCCGAGCCAACCUCAACACGAGAAGAAAUUAGUUAGUGGUUUGGGUCGACACAUCUGAUUUUCCAUAGGAGAAACUGAAAGCCUGGUUAUAUGUGCAAUUACUUUGACGAUUUUAUGUCUUUCUUUGGAAAAGUCCGUGCUCAGAAAAAAAAAGGUUAGGAAGUUCCAGGCAGCAUUGCCAAGGAGAAAGCCAAGACAAAGAGGUCUUCAGAUAGAAGGUCUUUUCAGAAUCAAGGCAGUGGUGGGUUUCAAAUUUUUUUACUACCGGUUCUGUGGAUGUGGUUUGGUGGGCGUGGCAGGGGAAGGAUACUAUAAAAUCUCCAUUCCCACCCCACUCCAGGGGAAGGAUACUGUAAAAUCACCAUUUCCUCCCGAUCAGGUGGGACCUGGGAGGCAGAGAAUAGAUGGGGGCGGGGCCAGUCAGAAUUUUUACUACCGGUUCUCCGAACUACUCCAAAUUUCCGCUACAGGUUGGUCAGAACGUGCUGAAUGAAACCCACCUCUGAAUCAAGGCCUGUUUAGAGUCAAAGAGUACUGGAUUUUUUUGACUCGUGCAACAGGCCUGGACAUCUGCACCAGAGAGAGAAGGCUCCAUCAGCACUUCUUUUAAUCAUGAUAUUACAAAUCACCGAUCCUAAAAGUUUGACAUGACUUUCCUUUGCUACAGUCUCAUGGCAAAAAACCAACAAAAACAUCCCAGUGAUACAAUCUUGGAAAAUGUUAUACAACUCCGUUUACCGAUUUUUGGGGGUCCAGUUAGACCUCUUGGCGGAGGUGCUGAUAGAGCCAUCUUGGUAGCCCCCACCCCAACACUAGAAGGGAGAAAACCGCUGCUCUUAGGCAUCCUCUCUUCUAUCAAAGUGUCAUUUCAGCUUAUCUGGAUUGAAGGUGAGAGAGGUAGCCCAACCCAGCCUCCCGUCCCAAGUUCUGAAACAUUCAUAAUGCUAUUAAUAUGAAAUAAAGGAAUAAUAAAUUAAUAAUUGAUUUGAAGCACAAGACUAGCCCUUGAAGGAGAAGGCCAAACGGAACUAUAAUGAAAUCUGUAUAUAUUUAUUUAUGUGUAAUUAAAUAAAUAAAAAAGUUUUAACAUGUCCAGUGUGCAUUAUUUAAAAUGAUUUUAAGUUGGGAUUUCUACGGGUUGUUUUUUUUUCCCCCCGUUAUGAAAAAUACACUCAGUCCUUGCAAUUUUCAGGAAUAAGGUUUUGGAAUGCACAACAGGGUAGCAUGGAUUACAGAUUGCAAUGCAAAUAAAUUAAGAGACAUUUCAGCACAUUUGGAAUCCCCCCCCACCACUCCUUCUGCCUUUUGUACUUCCUGCGGUUUCUCUGGAAAAGCUGCAAUAAAUGUAUGAAUUCCACCCAACAAAACUGUCACUGUUAUUAUCUGAAUAAAAUCUCUUUUUAUUUACCACCAUCUCCAGACUUGUAUUUUGUUAUGGCAGUAAAUGGCGCGAGUGGAGGGGAGCGAUUUCCGCUUUUGCCUAAAGUUUUAAGCUUAUUCUAAGGCUUACGCAGCUGCUGUAUGGCAUUUUCUACUUAAUAACGGUGACACGGUGCUUUGCUACAAUUCAGCCGGUGAGGCUGGAAAAGAUCCCAGGGACGUCAAAGCAAAGUGAUAGCGGGGAGGGUUGUCCUAUGUGGCCCUGGAACUUCUCGUGGACCAACCUGAACGGAAUUGUAAAAGUGCUGAGUCGCAACUUCCGAAAUGCAACCUAGAUUGGCCAAAUAUAAAAGCUCUGAGUCUGCAGGGACCUGACGGGCUUAGUGAUGGGGACCAUAACAAAGACCUUUGCCAUUAGACAAUGUGCCAACAGGA